AUGUCCUCCAAGUCGCACUUGACAUACGGCGCUCGCGCCCGUACACACCCCAACCCAUUGGCUCGCCGACUCUUCGAGGUCGCCGAAGCCAAGCAGAGCAAUGUGACGGUGUCUGCCGACGUGACCACCACCAAAGAACUGCUUGACCUAGCCGACCGUCUCGGCCCCUACAUUGCCGUGAUAAAAACCCACAUCGACAUCCUCUCCGACUUUAGCGAAGAAACAAUCACCGGCCUCCAAGCCCUCGCCUCAAAACACAACUUCCUCAUCUUCGAAGACCGCAAAUUCAUCGACAUCGGCAAUACCGUCCAAAAACAAUACCACGGUGGCACCCUCCGCAUCUCCGAAUGGGCACACAUCAUUAACUGCGCCAUUCUCCCCGGUGAAGGCAUCGUGCAGGCCCUCGCGCAAACCGCUCAGGCCGCGGACUUCCCGCACGGCCCGGAGCGCGGCCUGCUCAUCCUCGCUGAGAUGACUUCGAAGGGAUCGCUCGCGACGGGCGCGUACACGGCUUCCUCGGUGGACUACGCGCGCAACUACCCGUCGUUUGUGCUGGGGUUCGUUUCGACUCGAUCGCUGGGUGAGGUGGAGGGUACUUCUGUUGCGCCAUCGGAGGAGGAGGACUUUGUUGUCUUCACGACCGGGGUUAACCUCUCAUCUAAGGGCGAUAAGCUCGGGCAGCAGUAUCAGACGCCACAGUCGGCCGUUGGGCGCGGUGCAGACUUCAUCAUUGCUGGAAGGGGCAUCUAUGCUGCGCCGGAUCCAGUUGAAGCAGCGAGGCAGUAUCAGCAGCAGGGCUGGGCGGCAUAUCUGGCGCGUGUCCAAUAA